UCCUCCUGCAGUAAUGAGCUGAUGGAAGUGUUUGCCAGUCCACUUCCACAGCCUCUGUCACCCCAAGAGAACUCCUGCAUUGGUCAACUGGACCCAGCUGCACAAUUCACAGGGCCUCCGCCGGAGACCUUCUCCAAAGAUCAGAUCCUCUCCAUGUUCCCCUCACAGCAAGGCGGGGGCCUUCCAUACUCUCCCACCAUGAUGCCUUGGCCUCAGCCGGGGUUUCUGGGAAAUCAGGGUGCAGGUGUCUGGAACGGGGUACCAAUCAGCUCUCCAGCUGGGCUACCAUCAAGCUUCCCUGCAGGAAUCCAGCCUCACUUUGGGUACAGCCCUCACCCUGGAUUCAUAGAGGGAAGAGCAGUGGGUGAUCCUGUAGUUUCUGCUGGGCAUCACACCCCUUUGGACUCUCUCUGCACCAGCCCUGGAACGACUACAGCUCAGAAAACAAACUCCCUCGAUAUCAACUCUUUAUUCGCCAGACCCCCACUCAGCCGAGCACCCCAUACCACCUACACCCGGGAACAGGUGUAG